AUGUCUAACCAUUAUAAGAAACUCACCUUGCUUAACAAAAUGGAUAUCGUAUGUGAACUUAAUGAUGGAUCUUUUAUGGAAAGAAUGGAAAUGUUGGACCGCAUUGAGAAAUACUAUGAUCCAGACGUCUUUCAAAAUGACAAUCUUAUGCGCAGGCUCAUAUUACCAGUAAUAGCCACAGAGUUUCUGAAGCCUCAUAGUGAAUGUUGGAAAGUAACUCUAAUGUUGAGAUCGCAGAGAAAUGCCUUGUGUUGGAUUACCGCGUUUUUGGUUCCUUUGUUUGCCGCCGCAGUAUUCUGGACAUUCAGAACCAGAGAAAGUUAA